GUGAUCAUCUGGCAUGGAUGGGGAUGAUUGUUACCGACCACGGUAACGUAUGGGGCUCGGGAAAGGGGUCUCGCACAGUUUCCCUCUUUCUUUUCCCUUUCCUUAUAUUUCUUCUUUGCUUAUAUUUCUUCUUUGCGGUACCCUGGUAGAAUUCAUCUUCAUGAGACUUGAUCGUCCAGCCCGGGCACUCUGCUCGACUACACGGAUAUCCAACCGCAGCGUGUGAAGGACGUCGCCGGCAUCCCACUGCUUACCCAACUGAGCCGGGUGCAGUUUCAAAGGCGAUGCAGCUCAAGAUCUGACCGCUGUCGAAGCCACCGAUUGAGGGAUACUAUUACUCUUACUACACCACCGCUAAGAAGCCGAAACGUAAGUACUUGAGACUAUGUGCAGCUGCACGGAUAUCUUUCGAUCUGAGCGACGGGCCUAUCAGCAUUUUUCCGGGUCCACAGGCCCAAAAGGACACGCGAUGACCAGCGCUUUUUGCCAUCCGCUAAGGGCGGAGCUGCUAGUAAGGUACGGGGCACCACCACCACCCUUCCCUACACUAGUCUGCCCUCCCUUUCCCGGGUUCAGAUGGCCGUACCUGGUUUUUGCCUUUUUUUAUGGGCAGGGGAAAAACAAGCGAAUCAUUAAAUCCUACCAGUCUUGUCAUUUUGAUGUAACGAAGC